GUUCGUUCCAUACCGGCAUCAGUAUACGAACAAACGUUAAGAGUGACACAUCGAAGUCUAAGCCUAGAGCUUAAACCUAUUUCUCACGCUUCGUCAAAACUUUUAAACAUCUACAAAGUCUAUAUAAAACGAAUUACGACGAAUAUUUGAAUCUGACCGAAGAAUUGCUUAUUAAAACUCCACUUCGAAUCUUAAAUUCUGUCUUCGAAAAGUUAACUAAUAAACAAAACCAACAAUGUCUCUCGUACCAUUGCUGUUCUCCGACUGGUGGGAAGAUCUGGAUCGCCCUCACAGAAUCUUCGAUCAAGAUUUUGGAUUGGCCCUGAGACCUGAACAACUAUUGAGUCCGCAAGUUCUCGACAAUCUUGUUCUUUUGCCAUCUCGUGAUCGCUCAAAUGCUCGGCAUCCUCUUCUGUACCUGCGUCAACGCAUGAACGACUUGGCGAAAAGCAGCAAUACCGGUACUUCGACCGUUAAAGCUGACAAGGACAAGUUUCAGGUGAUUUUGGAUGUCCAACAAUUCAAGCCUGAAGAAAUAAACGUCAAGGUGGUGGACAAAUUUGUGACUGUUGAAGCUAAGCACGAGGAAAAACAGGACGAGCACGGAUGGAUAUCCCGUCAGUUUGUGCGAAAAUAUAUGAUUCCAGAACAAUGCGAUGUUGAGCAAGUCACCUCAACACUGUCAUCCGAUGGUGUUCUCAGUAUCACUGCACCUCGUAAAGAUGUUCCGAAGCUGGAAAAUGAGAGAUCGAUCAAAAUUGAACAUACUGGAAAGCCGGCUAUCCAGGAAACACCCAACGAAACCAAAAAGAAUGAAAAAACCGAGAAAGCUGUGAAGAAAUAAAAACUUUCUCUUUUCAUUUAACCUGCUAGAGUUCAACUCGCGUGUUCCUAAAAUUCGUUGUCAUUAUUGCUUUCAUUUAUCGAUGUAAUAAGUUUCUUGUAAGUUUUGUUUAAGGAAUUUAUAAUAAAGAAAAAAACCUGAAUAAAUAAAAAA